CAAGCAUUCAAAUCAAACCCAUUGAACCUGUGUCUGCUUGGACACCUCUCCCUUGUUUUCAUAAGAAAAUGGCCAUGUUUAGAGCAUUUCUGAACCUGGCUGUGAUAGCCAUGCUGGUUGAGUUUGCCGUGGGAGCAAAUUACACAGUGGGAGGUACCAAUGGGUGGGAUCUAACCUCCAACGUACAGUCGUGGGUGGCUGCUCAAUCGUUCCAUGUCGGAGACAAUCUGAUUUUCCAAUACUCGCAGCCUCACAAUUUGCUUGAGGUUACAAAGGCAGACUAUGAUUCCUGCCAGGCAACCAAUGCACUCCAGUCUUACAGUGACGGCAACACUGUGAUCACAUUAACCACUCCAGGCAAGAGAUACUUCACUUGUGGAGCCCCAGGACACUGUACCCAAGGAAUGAAGCUCCAAGUUAACACUCUGGCUACAUCUGCUGCCACAGCUCCAUCACCCACUAUAGCAACUUCUCCAUCCACCUUGCCAAAUAUUGCCACCCCUCCAAUGCCAGCAAUUGCCACUCCUCCAUCGCCCAGCAUAGAAACUUUGGCUCCAUACAUUCCCCCCUCAACGGCACCACUUGGAUCUGAUCCUAAUGUGUUGUCACCCACCCUUCCCUCUCCUGAAUCUCCCGGGGCGGUGCCCACUGGAACUGCUUUUCCUACACCGUCAACUCCGACUACUACCUCAUCAGCUAACAGAGGCCACUUACUGUCAAAGCUGCUUAUCGUCGGAAUAUGUCUUGGAAUGAUGUUGCUGUAGACAUUUUAAGCUUCUGCAACAUGUCUUGAGGUGUCUUCCUGUUGUAGAAAUUCUUGUUAGUUCCUUUUUCUUAUAUAUCAUUCUUGUGCUGUACCCUCUCUGGCUCUCCUUCAGCCAUGCCAGAAGAUAGAAAUUUUAUUUUAUCUCAUCUCUUUUUAUGUUUCAGAUUACCAA